AUGCAACGGGCUCUAACCAAGUCGACAUUAGACAUCUUCAUGAGCAUAAAGCCAGAACACAUGCAGAACAUCGUCUCGAGAUCCAAGAACCACGAAUACCGCAGUUAUCUUCUCUCACCGAGCAUCAAGUACAUCUGGUUCUACACCAGCAGCCCAACGAAAGAAAUCCAAUACGUCGCCCGUAUAUCUCCAGGGAAAGACCCAGGCGAGGUUCCCGAAGACGGAGGUAUCGGCAAUGCAGACUUCAACGCUGGUAUGAAAAGCUCCAAGUACGGCUAUGAGAUUCUCGCAUUGUGGCGACUCAAUGUCCCUGUUGGCUUGGAGAGGGCUAUUGCGGAGGGAUAUCUGAAGGGAGCGCCGCAGAAAUAUUGUUGGGUGGCGUGGGACUUCUUGCUGGAAUAUCCGUUGGACAGGCAGGUCCUAUUGUUCAAGAAGGCUGUGGACAAGAAAACGAUGGCGGAGGUGCAGGGAGAUGGACACGAAAAUGGAUCGGAUGAGGAUAACUGUUGA